AUGGUGGCCGCUCAGUGUUCUAUGUUUACAGACGACACCGACAGCGAAGACGAUUUGCCGUUAAACAUUGUGAAAAAUGGUUUGAGACUGAGAGAGUUAUUUGAAGAUUCUUCCGAUGGAAGUGAUUUUGAAGGUUUCGAACCUGAAAACUACAGCAGUAGCUCAGAUGAUAGUGAUGACGCGAGCGACUCGGAAGCAGACGAGAAUUUCUGGAAAACAGAAGCCAGCUCUAUGGAUACCGACAAGGAAGUGAGAUGGCGCUCUAUUUCACUGCCCGAGAAUGUAAACAACUCUGAUCGCCAGCGGUUUCAAGUCAGAAAUCCUGGCCCCCGCAACCUACCACCACAGAAUUCGACACCGAUACACUAUUUUUAUCUCUUCUUCAAUGUUGAGUUAUUCACUCUCAUCAUUCGCGAAACGAACCGGUAUGCACGAUCAAUCCUCACACAGCUGACAGAUUGGGUUCGGGAACACGUCCAUUCUCAUUAUCGACGAUGGGUCCCAGUCACCGUUGCAGAAAUGAAGAAGUAUAUAGGUCUUUGUAUCAACAUGGGCUUGAUAAAGAAGAAGAUGUCUGAUUACUGGAGUAAGAGAUAUUCGUCUCAAGAUACGCCAUUCUUCCGCCGAAUUAUGUCAAAGAACAGAUUCUUUCUCAUAUCACGAAUGUUCCACCUCAACGAUAAUGACAAUAGAAGACAACGUGGUGAUGAAAACUUUGACCCAUGGCAUAAAGUGAGACCCGUUAUGGAUCAUUUGAACACUAAAUUCAAACAUCACUACAUUCCAUCUCGGGAUUUAUCCAUCGACGAGAGUAUGAUAGGCAUGAAAAACAGACAUGCUUACAUACAGUAUGUUCCAAACAAAAGACAUAAUCGUUUCGGCAUAAAGAAAUUUGAGGUAUGUGAGGCAAAGACAGGAUAUGUCUUACACACUGAAUUGUACAGCGGUCGUGACUUUGAUGUGAGAUCACCAGAUGGUCAAGGCUCUGCAGUUGUCAUGUAUCUGAUGCAGGUUUGUGAUUUAUUACGGAAAGGCUAUCAUUUGAUCACAGAUAAUUUCUAUACAAAAUUGAAGCUUGUUGAAGAUUUGCUACACCUUGGAACUUUUAUGACAGGAACUGUAAGGAAUAAUUCUAGAGGAUUUCCCCGUGCUCUAAUUGAGAUCCGCCUCUAUGUUGGGGAAACACGGUACAUGCGUAAAGGUGACAUUCUGGCCUUGGCAUUUCGUGAUAAGAAAUCUCAGCGAAAGCCUGUGCUACUAUUGUCAAGCACGUGUGCGGCAGUCGAUCACCCCCAUCAACGUAAAAACGGUGAACAGUGCAUCCGACCAGAAAUGAUAAAGGCAUACAAUGCAGGCAUGGGAGGUGUGGAUCUUAUGGAUCGCAAAAUAUAUCAAAUUGCGGCUGAGCGUCCUACACACAGAUAUUGGGUAAAGGUUUUCGCUAAUCUACUUGACAUGUCCCUGAGGAAUGCAUAUGAACUUUAUUUGCAGAACACCGACGGCAGGAAAUUAUCGCGUCAGAACUUUGUUGCUGAAAUAGUAGAGGAACUUUGUGGCAACACCCAAGCUGAUGACCAGAUUGCGAAUGACGCUCCACUGCCAGCACAUCGACUUUGCUUCCUAGUCUCCGGUAAGGAACGCAAUUGUGUCGUAUGUAGUACCAAGGAGAACCGCUGA